AUGAUGAAGGUGCUUCUAGACUUGACUCGCUAUAAGUACGCUCCAUUAAGAGCGCUCGCGUUCGCACUGAUCGACCGCUACAUGAUGGAAAAGGCGUCGCUCCUGCGGAAAAUGCUUUCGACUCACAUAGUCGUAGAUCCAGAUGUGCUGCGGCUGUACAAGCAAGUCGCACACGACGUGAACAUGCUGCGAUCGCUGCACGGAUGGCUGGGGAGCGACAAUGAGUUGCUGCGGGGGGAGGUGCGGCGGCGGUGCUGCGAGGUGCUGUGGAAGUUCCGGGAUAUGUGCACGCUGAGCCAGGGGCAGAACGAGGCGCAGGUGGUGAAGCACCAGACGAUUCUCAAGACGCUCGGCGCCCACUGCUGCGCUCGUGACAUGCUGCGCUUGCCCUUCCGCCGUGUGCCGUCGCAAGUGCGGGGGGAGAUGGACCGUAUCGAGGACGAGGGGCUGCAGGCGCUGCUACAAGCGGCCUACGAGUUCCUCACCAUGUCCACACAUCCUACAUCUCACCAUUCACAACCGCUCUUCUUCUUUUCACUUUGCCCCUCACCAUUCCUCUCCUCCUCCCAAUGCUGCUGGCAGUUCUGUGGGGGAGUGGUGAACGAGGAGAUCCAGCUCACGCUCUUCCCCUUCAUCCCCCUCAUGCUGCCUCACCGAGGGCUGCAGGGCGUGCAGGUGGGGCGUGGUGCAGGAGGGGCGUGGUACAGGUGGGGCGUGGUGCAGGUGGGGCGUGGUGCAGGUGGGGCGUGGUGCAGGUGGGACUUGGUGCAGGUGGGACUGGAUCUUAUCUGGUCGUGCUUCCGUCUCAUUCUUAAAUUCAACCGCCGUCACUCCUGGCUCAGGUUCCUUGAGACGGUGGUGGUGGUGAACGGCAAGCCCAUGGGUCGCAACCAGACAGCAGUUCUGGACAUGGUGAUUGAUCACACGCACUCCGUGGCUGGCCUGCCCAAGACACCCGCGCACUGGAGGCGACGCCGGGAGCUCAUGGCUGCAGGCGAGGCUGCUGCCAAGCCCCAUGAGAGCCAGGUGAGUGGGGAGAUGGUGUGGCGGGGGCAGUUGGAGGAGGAGGAGGAGGAGGAGGAGGAGGAGGAGGAGGAGGAGGAGGAGGAGGAGGAGGAGGAGGAGGAGGAGGAGGAGGAGGAGGAGGAGGAGGAGGAGGAGGAGGAGGAGGAGGAGGAGGAGGAGGAGGAGGAGGAGGAGGAGGAGGAGGAGGAGGAGGAGGAGGAGGAGGGAGAUUAG